AUGUUUGGUAACACGUCCACCCAGCCAUCUACCUCCGGCACAACCCUCUUCGGAACACCCAGUACGGCGAUAAGCACUACUGCAGGUGCGGGUAGCGGGGGCUUGUUUGGGGGUACCACGACGCAGCAACAGCCUGCAGGGACUGGCUCAUCUGGGACUACCGUGACCGGUACUCAGCCACAACAACAACCUGCAGCUAGUAAUUUGUUUGGUAAUAUCACAACCAGUACAACCCUGCAGCCUGCCACGAGUAGUCUGUUUGGGAGUACGAACGCGAACACGCAGGCACAAACGCAGACGCAACCUGCGGGCACAAGUCUGUUCGGGAACACAUCAACUCAACCUGCUGGGAAUUUGUUUGGGAAUGCAGGUACCCAACAGCAGCAGCCGCAACAACCACAGCAGGGUGGGGGUCUCUUCGGAGGUACCACGACCCAGCAGCAGCCGCAACCGCAGAGUAGUGGUCUGUUUGGAAAUACUACAACCCAACAGCCCGCUACCGGUACUGGCGGGCUGUUUGGAACGUCGACUACUCAGCCAAGCACUGGCGGAAACCUGUUUGGCGGCGCAAGUACCCAAGCGCCAGCGUCAGGCGGGAGUACCCAACAACAGCAACCUGCAACCGGUGGUCUGUUUGGUAACACGACAGCUGCCCAGCAGCCUGCCUCGGGAAAUGUGUUUGGGAGUACGAACACGCAGACGCAACCUGCAGGAACAGGAUUAUUUGGAAACACGACAACUCAACCUCAACCUGCGGGAGGCUUGUUUGGGAAUGCAGGUACCCAGCAGCAACAGCCGCAGCAACCACAGCAGGGUGGCGGGCUCUUCGGAAAUACUACGACCCAGCAGCAGCAGCCACAGAGUGGUGGCCUCUUCGGAGGUACUACGACCCAACAGCCCGCUACCGGGACUGGCGGGCUGUUCUCAAGCACUGGCCCAGUCAUGUUUGGCGGCAGUACGCAAGCGCCAACUUCAGGGGGACUAUUUGGUGGCACGACCACCCAAGCUCCAGCUACUGGAGGAAGCCUUUUCGGGAGUACGACAACGGGAUCAAACCCAUUGUUUGGAAAUAAAAAUCCUGCAAGUUUUCCACUAUCCAAUUCACUUCUCGCAUCAAGGAAUACUGCCCCUGCGCAACAGCAGGAUCCUCAGUCGCAAUAUGCAGCGCUCGAGCAGAAAAUCCAGGCAAUUGUACAGGCCUGGGAUCCUGCUUCGCCAGCAUGUCGCUUCCAGCAUUAUUUCUAUAAUCUAGUUCCACCGACACAAGUGAGCGCUUUCGGCAGGCCUGCAAAUGCCACGAACGAGGCUCUUUGGCAACGCGCGGUGCACGAUAACCCUGAUCCUAGUUGUAUGGUACCUGUUCUGGCAAUUGGCUUUGAUGAUCUGCGUCAGCGCGUAGAUGGACAAAUGAAGCAAGCCACAGAACAGCAGAAAGCUUUGAUGGAGCUGAAAAAGCGGCUGGAAUCAUUGUCCGCGAGACAUAACGACAGUAACGCAUCACGUUUGCAGCGCGCAAAGUUAAUUCAAUCACAAACACAACACCGCCUGCUGUGCCUGAUUCAGCACAUGCAUUUGAUGCUACCUACUGUCCGGUCUACGGCGAUUCGCCCCGAAGAAGAGGCUCUGCGUAUGGCACUCGAGGAGAUCGAAGAAGAAAUCAGAAGACCAGGUGGUAUGAGUAAGAUGCGAGGAAAGCUGAAUGAACUGUGGGCGCUCGUAGGGGCUAUCAACGCCGCCCGCGAGAGAGGCAGAAGGGUGGGGCUCGAUGGUCAUUCUGAAUGGACGGUCGUCGAUGAAGAUGGUUUAAAGCAGAUCGCUCAGAUUUUGUCCAAUCAGCAAGCCGGUUUGCAGCAUUUGACGAAGGUGCUGCAGCACGAUCUGAGGGAUCUGGAAGUGAUCUAUGGAAGAGAGAGCUGA